AUGGGCAAAGACAAGAGCAAGGCCAAGAGCAAGGACAAGAGCAAGUCCAAGUCCAAGUCCAAGUCCAAGUCCAAGUCCAAGGCCAAGGACAAGGGCAGGGACAAGGCUAGCCUGUCGGCCCACUCGGAGGAUGCCGGGGAUGGCACGGAUGUGGCAGCCAUGGAGAUGUCGGCUGGCGGGAGCAGCGGCGAUGGGGCGCAGAAGUCAGUGUCGGGCAAGGGCAAGGGCAAGGGCAAGGGCAAGGGCAAGGGCAAGGACAAGUCCAAGGACAAGGCAAAGUCCAAGGACAAGGGCAAGGGCAAGGACAAGGCCAAGUCCAAGGACAAGGCCAAGUCCAAGGACAAGGCCAAGUCCAAGGACAAGGCCAAGUCCAAGGACAAGGCCAAGUCCAAGGACAAGGGACCGGUGGCCGGGGCCGAGGACGAGCUGCGCGAACGGAUGCACGACCCGCUGGCGCUGCGGCCGGACGAGUCCAAGAAGUCCAAGAAGGUGGUCAAGCCGAUGACAGUGCUUCCGUCGUGGGUGACGCACGCAGAGAUCCUGCGCAACGACUUUUCGGCGCUCGCCUCGCUGGACGAUGUUCCGCUCUCAGACGAGAUCAAGCGCGGGCUGGUCGACUCGGGCGUCUCCAGCCUGUUCCCGGUCCAGUCCAAGGUCGUCCCGCACAUUCUCCGGUCUGCGGCUGCGGUGUUCCCGCCGUCGGCCGAUGAGGAGCGGCCCGACUCGCGGCGCGACAUCGCCGUGUGCGCACCGACUGGAUCCGGCAAGACGCUGGCAUAUGUCAUUCCGCUGGUCGAGGCGCUGCGGACACGUGUGGUUCCCAAGCUUCGGGCGGUCAUCAUGGUUCCAACCCGUGAUCUUGUCCUGCAGGCCGAGUCUGUUGUUCGCGCCGUGGCCAAGCACACCGACCUUCUGGUCUGCACACUUCACGGCUACUCCAGCUUUGCAAAGGAGCGCGCAGCUCUGGCCGACGCCGAGACCGGCGAGGCCACGGUCGACAUCCUCAUCGCCACGCCCGGCCGGCUCGUUGACCACGUCAAGCAGCGUGACGACAUCAUCUCGUUUGAGCACCUCAAGUACCUGGUCAUUGAUGAGACCGACAAGCUGCUGGCAAUCUCCUACCAGCAGUGGCUUCCGCACCUGUUCCAGACCAUCGAGGGCCGCGCCCUGGGCUCGGCUGGCUCGGGUGCACGAUCGCCGGUCCAGAAGCUGCUCUUCUCUGCCACGCUCGGCUUUGACCCACAACAGCUCGGAAUGGCCAAGCUGGUGCGGCCGAUCUACUUUUCGGUCUCGCGCGAGGCCAAGUUCACUCUGCCGAGCUCGCUCUCCGACUUUUACAUUGUUGUGCCUGAGGAGGAGAAGCCGCUCGCGCUUCUUCACGCGAUCCGCCGCGAGAAGGAGGCCGAGAACAGUGCGCGGUCGAUCCUGGUCUUCACCUCGUCGCGUGAACAUGCCCACAACCUCACCCGCCUGCUCCAGCUUAUCGACGGCGAGAUGCGGGUGGCCGAGUUUUCGGCGGCGCUCUCGCGCAGUGAGCGUCUUCAGGCCAUUCAGACGUUCAAGGACCGGAAGGUGGACGUCCUCGUCUGUUCCGAUGCCCUCACCCGAGGCAUCGACAUCGAAACCAUUGAUCUGGUCAUUAACUAUGAUGCGCCGGCGCACCUCAAAACCUAUGUCCAUCGUGCUGGACGGACAGCGCGUGCUGGACACACUGGACGUGUCGUCACCAUCCUCCUCAAGAAGCAGGCGCGGUUCUUCAAGCACAUGAUGUUGACGGCGGCCCCGCCUCGCAAGCCAACCGAGGACGACUUUAUGAGCUUCCGUAAGACCAUCAAGAGCAACCGCUCCCAGUACAAGGUGGCGCUUGACAAGCUGAGCAACGUGCUUGCCCGCGAAGAGAGCGGCGAGAUCACCACCACCACCCCCGUCGACGUGCUUGAGUUUGACACGCCCAACGUGUCCAAGGAGGUUGUCAACCUCUUUUCUGCUUCUUCGGCCAAGAAGAAGAGCGAGCGCGAGAGCGCGAGCGGGAUGACGACGGCGACGCGCCACUGA